UAUGGCUGUGCUACAUGUUUCAAAGAUGCUUGAAUAAUAAUCAAAUGUAUUUGCUCAUUUCUCACUCACACUCUUAUUUAGAUAAGUUUGAACUCGCAAAGCCGAUUGUUGUCGUUGAACUUAUCAAUUUCUACUAGCAGGAAUUGCCACCGCCUUUACAUACUGGCCCAAGUCGUCUGUCUUGCUUGUGUCCUUGGGGACAAGUAUCUUGUUCGGUCUAUCGAGAUCCUGCCCGUUACGUGAUUGCUCAAAUAUUGUAAUGGACCAGCUCUAGUGUCGAAAAAGGUACAUUGGAAACCUGGCCUUUUGUCAACACAGCGGACAAUCUUUACCGUGGACAAAGUCUCGCUGGAUUGUGAUUGAACAAGUGGGAUAUGGCACGUUUUCCCCACUCCAUAGCCGUACCUUUCGUGUUCUUGAGUGGCCUUUGUGUGGCCACUUUGGCCACUUUGGCCACUCUGGAUGAUCCCAGUUGCCGCUCGAAGAGUUCACAAACUUUGGACGAACUUACUCUUGAGGUGACAUCGGAGGGUGUCUCGGCUACCAUCUCCAACCAGCUCGAUGGUGAAAAACUGACAUGGGCUCUUGGAACGAGCUUGCCUCGUGAGCUACGAGAUCCGGAACAAUGCUCAAGUGGUAAUAUAUGUUGGCAAUGGGGCAAUCUCGCUCGAUUAUCGGUUGACAAAUCCUCUGAUGAUCAAUGCUACGAGGUGACUUGGUCGGUAAACCAAUUAAGCGCGACAAUGGAUUGUUUCAAGAUUGGCGAUGCCAAGUGGUUCACUGGAGCUGAGGAGUAUUUCCAGCAUUUCCCCAUGGAACCAGAGCAAAAUAAGCGCCCACUUGUACCCUUUUUACCUGGAGAUAUGUUACAAAACCCUCUAAAAUAUUAUGGGGGAGUCGUGGAGCCCUACUGGCUGAGCUCCAAAGGCAUUGCCAUAUCGGUUCCGGUUGGCAUUCCUCUUUUUGCCAACUGGAAUGAGGACGACACGAACGAGUUUUGUUUGGCAGCGAAAGACGAACAGCCUUACAACGUCAGAAAGAAUGUUGAUGAUCCUUUGAUCCUGAAAUAUUCCGUGUGCGUUGGAAACGACAUUAAGGCUGUUCAUGAGCACACGAUCCAAACUGUGUAUGUCCGUGCUUCUUCUAUCCCAGAUACGCGCAUGAUCACCCAUCCCAUCUGGUCUACCUGGGCUCAAUAUAAGGCCGAUAUUAACGAGAGUACGGUUUUACAAUUUGGGAAUGAGAUCAUUAAUCACGGGUUUGAGAAUUCCCAGCUGGAAAUUGACGACAACUGGGAAUCCUGUUAUGGCGACGCUACCUUCAGCACCGAUCUCAAGUUCCCUGAUCCCUCUGGGAUGGUGAGUGAUCUGAAGGCCAAGGGGUUUCGCGUGACCUUAUGGAUCCAUCCCUUCGUGAACAUUGAAUGUCUGAGUUGGACAGAUGCCACAUCUCGGGCUCAACCCUAUUUCAUUCAAGACACCAAGACCCGGCCCGUUCUCAACCAUUUGCCCGGACUGACUUAUUGGUGGCAAGGGGAUCUCGCGGGCUAUGUGGACUUUACCAAUCCCACCGCCGUAACAUGGUGGGGAGCUCGCCUGGAAAAGCUUAAAACUGAAGUGGGCAUUGAUUCGUUCAAAUUUGACGCUGGUGAAAUCAAUUGGUUUCCAUCUUCAUAUCGCCUUGGGUUUGAGUCUGAUACAAGUCUAUGGCCCGGCAUUUUCACCACAAAGUAUGCCGAGUCUGUGGCAAAUUUCGGGAACCAAAUUGAAGUCCGAGUUGGAUACAAGGCCCAACAUUUGGACAUCUUCGUUAGAAUGUUGGACAAGGACUCCAAAUGGGGAUAUGACAAUGGUCUGAAAACAAUGAUCACGACGCUCCUGCAAAUGAACUUGGCAGGUUACUCAUUUGUACUUCCUGACAUGAUCGGUGGCAAUGGAUACUCCUCUGAUCCUUUACACCAAUCUGAGCCGCCCACCAAGGAACUAUUCGUCCGAUGGCUUCAGGCUAAUGUCUUCAUGCCUGCUCUGCAAUUUUCUUUCGUCCCAUGGAUAUUUGACCAAGAGGUGGUGGAUUACUCUCGAGCAAUGGCUGAGCUCCACGCCUCAUUUGCGCCAAAAAUUGUGGAUCUGGCUAAUGAAUACGUUCUCAAUGGCUCGCCCAUAAACAGACCUAUCUGGUGGGUUGAUCCCACGGACAACAUUGCACUUGGCAUUGAUUCGGAAUUCAUGUUGGGGGAUGAAUUGCUGGUCGCACCUGUUUUGGAAGAAGGAGCUAUCAGUCGGGACAUAUACCUUCCCCAAGGAACUUGGAGAGAUGAGGCCGACCCACUGCAUCCGGUUUAUGAAGGACCCAUGUGGUUAGAUUCCUAUCCAGCCGAUUUAUGGACUUUACCCUAUUUUACUCUUGUCUCAGCCGAAAGUAAAUAAAUUGUUUUGAACAUUGG